AUGCGUUUCUCCGCCGCCACUGUUCUCGCCCUGGUCUCCCUGGUUGCUGCCCAGGAAUCCUCUUCCACCACCCCCGCUGUUCCCGGCGCCUCGCAGGUCAGCUCCCUGAUCGGCUCAGCCUCCAGCGCCCUCGCCUCCGAGGCCUCUAGCAUCCUGAGCCACGCAUCCUCCGCCGCUGGCGCCGCCAGCUCGGCCAUUGCCUCCAUCACCUCUUCCGCCGGCGCUGAGGCCAGCUCCCUGAGCGAGGCACUCACCUCCGCCACCGACGCUGCCGGCUCCGCCAGCAUCUCCUCCAAGCUCGCCUCCGUCUCCAGCAAGGCUGCCUCCGCCGCCUCCAGCGUCGCCUCCGCCGCGAGCACAUCUGCUCCCGGUGCUGCUCCCGCCCAGACUGCCGCAGUUGCCCUUGGCGCUCUCUUCGGUGGUGCCGCUCUCGUUGCCAACCUGUAA